GAGAGGAACUAGCUCAGUUGAACUUUGAGGAGCUCCUUCAGCAACACGAAAAUUUGCCGCAAAGUUGAUCAGGGAUUCGUCCCGCAGCAUCGUUUAAUUAGGCAUCGUUUUGCACGGGGUUCGAGUGGGUAAUUCUAGAAGAGUGCUGGUCUCGAUUGCGGGUUCGAGGGGUUUAGGAGCAUUGCUCUCGCGAUGGCUGAAUUUGUGGAAGCCGAGGCCAUGAACGGCAUUCGUAUGUCGUGGAAUGUGUGGCCGAGCACGAAGCUGGACGCUAGCAAGUGUCACAUUCCGCUUGCUGCGCUCUACACGCCAUUGCAUGGAGCUGGACCGCACAGCAAUCCUGUGACGAAGUUAAAUUACGCACCACUGAGGUGCAGAGCUUGUCGGAGCGUGUUGAACCCGUUCUGCUCAGUGGAUUACCAAGCCAAAAUCUGGAUCUGCCCGUUCUGCCAUCAGCGCAACAGUUUCCCGCAUCAUUAUGCGUCGAUCUCCGAGCAGAACGUGCCCGGGGAGCUCUGGCCGCAGUGUACUACAGUGGAGUACGUGCCCCCGCCCAUGCCUGGAAAUGAGAAGACCGCUUUUCAAGUGUUUUUGCUGGUGAUUGAUACGUGCAUCAUUGAGGAGGAGUUGGGGUAUUUGAAGACGUCCUUGAUGCAGGCGAUCUCGCUUAUGCCGGAGAAUGCUUUGGUUGGAUUGAUCACCUUUGGGGGACAUGUGCAAGUCCACAAAUUAGGGUUUUCUGAAUUUGGUUGUCCUAAGGCGUACGUGUUUCGAGGUUCCAAGGAGUUGCCCAGGGAGCAAGUGAUCGAUCAGCUGGGUCUUUCGACGGUGCCAACUGGGGGUUUUCAACGAGGCGGUCAUCAGUCUGCUGGUACUGGUGCUGGUGCAGGGAAUCGGAAUGGUGCAUAUUCAAGUGGAGUAGAGAGUUUUCUGCUAUCCGUAGCCGAUUGCGAGUUCACUAUUAACUCGUUGCUUGACGAACUCCAGAGAGAUUCGUUCCCAGUAACAUCAGAUCAGAGGCCCGCGCGAUGCACUGGUGCAGCUCUCAAAGUUGCAGCUGGAUUGUUGUCAGCUUGUUCUCCAGACACCGGAGGUCGAAUCAUAAGUUUUAUUGGCGGACCCUGCACUGAGGGUCCAGGACUGAUAGUUUCAAAGGAUUUGACAGAUCCUAUACGAUCACACAAAGAUUUAGCCAAAGUUUCAGCAACUCAUUUUAUCAAGGCUGUGAAGUUCUACGACAGUCUUGCAAAGCAACUCGUUUCACAAGGACACGUGCUCGAUGUGUUUGCUUGUGCUGUGGACCAGGUUGGAGUGAUGGAGAUGAAAGGUGCGAUCGAGUUAACAGGGGGUUUGAUUGUUUUAGCCGAGAGUUUCGGGCAUUCAGUGUUCAAAGAUUCCUUCAGGCGUGUCUUUGAAACUGGGGAUCACUCACUUAACUUAUCUUUUAACGGUGAAAUUGAGAUCAAUUGCUCAAAGGAUGUUAAGGUACAGGGUGCCAUUGGUUCGUGUGCUUCUUUGGGAAGAAAGGGGGUUUCUACUUCAGAUAUCGUCGUAGGUCAAGGGGGGACAACAGCGUGGAAGAUGUGCGGUCUUGACAAAAACACGACACUUGCAUUCUUUUUUGAGGUGAACCCAACUAUACAGGGUUCAAGUGCAGGCCCUGCUGCACAACAAUUUUUUCUUCAGUUUGUCACCCAAUAUCAACAUAGUGAUGGACAGCUUAGGUUCCGAGUAGGCACAAUAACUCGUCGAUGGGGAGAAUCAUCUGCAACUACCAGCACAGAAGAAAUGGUUGCUGGCUUUGAUCAAGAAGCUGCUACGGUUAUUUUAGCUCGGUGGGCAUCGUUUAAAAUGGAGUCAGAAGAUGAAUUCGAUGCCGUGAGGUUCUUGGAUAGGCUGCUUAUUCGCGUCUCACAGCGGUUUGGGGACUACCGUAAGGAGGACCCCACCUCAUUCCGAUUAGCAUCUACUCUCGGUCUUCUACCGCAGUUUAUGUUCAAUUUAAGGCGGUCUCAAUUUGUACAGGUAUUCAAUAAUAGUCCCGAUGAAACAGCUUACUUCCGAAUGGUGUUGAACCGCGAGAAUGUCUCAAACUCUUUGGUCAUGAUCCAGCCCUCAUUGAUUUCAUAUUCGUUGAGCAGUCCACCUGAUCCUGUUCUACUUGAUGUGGCAUCUAUUGCCCCUGAUAGAAUUCUACUCUUAGAUGCGUACUUCAGUGUAGUCAUCUUUCAUGGUAUGACAGUUGCUCAAUGGCGAAAUGCGGCCUACCACUUACAACCAGACCAGGUAGCACUUGCUCAGUUGCUUCAAGUGCCACAAGACGAUGCCCAGGGUAUCAUCACAGACAGAUUUCCUGUGCCGAGGUUGGUAGUUUGUGACCAGCACAAAUCUCAAGCCCGGUUUCUACUUGCAAGGUUGAAUCCUUCUGCAACGUACAAUUCACCAAAUGUACCUGUUCCUGGAGGUGAUAUUAUCUUUACUGAUGAUGUGAGCUUGCAAGUCUUUGUAGAGCACUUGCAAAGGCUGGCAGUUGUCCAAUCUUGAGGAUCCUUGGUCACCUAAGAUCCUCACCUUCAUCUUGCUUAAGAUACGGUGGCUGAAAAUUAUAAAAUAAAUAGAUUAGUGAGCGGUGGCCACUGAAGGCUUCUUGUACCAAACAUUUUAUUUUGACCUUGUCUUCAGCAUUAAUUCCUCAUGUAGGGUUUUUUUUCCCAUAUCUUCCAGAAUUUGAAACUUUGGCUCUAUUGAACAUGUA